AUGGCUAGCUACUUGCGGAGCUACAUAGAGAGCGUGGCGGAUGUGCCGCUGGAGCUGCAGCGCCAGUUUGGGCUCAUGCGGGAGCUGGACGAGCGGUCCUACCGCCUACAGCAGCAGGUUGACACCGACAUGUUGCAGCAGCUCAAGCCGCUGCACUCGCCCACCAAGCGGCAGAAGGCGGCUGCCAGCGGCGCGGCGGCGGCGGCGGCGGCGGAGCGCGAGUGCGCCGAGCGCAUCGAGGGCAACAUGAACGAGCUGGUGAAGCUGAGCGACGAGAAGCUCAACAUAGCCACGCAGAUCUACGACUACAUCGACCGCCACAUCACCAAGCUGGAUAAAGACUGCAAGGCAUUCGACGCAGGCACGGGGCGCAGGCUGCCGCUGCCUUCUCGCCCCCAGAUAGCCAAGGAGCGGCAGCGGCUGGGCAUGCCCCCUGUGGAGCCCACCAUUGGCGGCGCCAGCAGCGGGGUGGACAGCGGCAAGCGCAAGCGCAAGGACGGCGAGCAGCGCAAGCUGACGCCCGAGGAGCAGUACCAGCAAGCGCUGGCCAUGGCGGACCCCAGCGAGCCCAAGUACUGCCACUGCCAGCGCAUCUCGUUCGGGGAGAUGAUUGCCUGCGAGAACCCGGACUGCCCCUACGAGUGGUUCCACUUUGACUGCGUGGGGCUCACAGAGGAGAACCGGCCAAAGGGCAAAUGGUACUGCAAAGACUGUCGAAAGGUGUUGGGCAAGAAGUGA